UGUAGCCCUUUCAAAAUAAAAGCGACAAUGGGCGUACCGUUAGCGCCGUGCUAACUGACGUACUUUGAGGCGGUUUGAAGGCGGGAGGUAACUUUAGUAACUUUAGUAACUUUAGUAACUUUAACGGACCCGGUUGGUUGAUUACAGUGACUCCGCCUUUUUAAACAGCUAGCCCAGCUAGCCUAGCUCAGCUAGCCUAGCUCAGCUAGCCGCUUGUGUCGAGCCCGCCACAAAAUGGCGAGCGUGCACGAGAGCCUGUACUUCAACCCGAUGAUGACGAACGGCGUGGUGCACGCGAACGUGUUCGGCAUCAAGGACUGGGUCAGCCCGUACAAGAUCUCGGUUCUGGCGCUGCUGUACGAGAUGUCCGCGUCCAAAGUGAGUCUGCCGGAGCGGAGGCGGCUCAACAAGCUCAUCCUGCCGCUGCAGCAGGGUCCAGAUCUGACUCUGGGUCAGUUCCUGAAGAUGGUGGAGGAGUGUUGUCCUCAGACUGCGUAUGCUGUCAAACUCAGGCUUCAUGAAAUGGCGAACGGAGAGCUGAAAGACAUGGAGUACUUCUUCUCCACCCUCUCCACCCACCCCUCGUUCGAUACGGAGGCGUAUAAAACGAGCGUCGUGGGUCUCUUCAUGAGACACAUGCUGCUCGCCUACAACAAGCUGUCCUUCAGUCAGGUCUACAAGCUGUACAAGUCUCUGCAGCAGUACUACCACAGCCACUACGCCAAGCCCACGGACGGGCAGGUCAGUCUGCCGGCGCUCGUCGCCGACGACUCGGACAUGGACCUGACCAGCAUCGAGGACACGGUCGGGGACCGGAUGGACAAAGAGGAGCUGGACACGCCGCUGCACGAGUCGGAGCUCCGAAACGACAACACGCCGAGCCGAGGCCCGCUGUCGCAGAAGCAAGCCGAGUACUUCCUCGCCAGACAGGCGUAUCUGCUGAAGAACGACGAGAACAAAGCGCUGAAGCCGGCGGCGCUGCAGGAAGAGCUCAACAACAUGCUCAAGUUCAACCCCGACUUCGCCGAGGCCCAUUACCUGAACUACCUGAACAGCCUGCGGGUGCAGGACAUCUUCCUGUCCGCUCACAGCCUCCUUCAUUGCUUUGACCGGCUCAUCCUGUCGGGAAACGAGGGGAAGAGUAACGGAGACGAAGGUUAUGGGCGGAGUCUUCGCUACGCCGCGCUCAACCUGGCGAGCCUGCACUGUCGCUUCGGACACUAUCAGCAGGCGGACCUCGCUCUGCAGGAAGCCAUCCGCAUGGCUCAGGAGUCCAACGACCACGUCUGUCUGCAGCACUGCCUGAGCUGGCUCUACACGCUGGAACAGAUGAGAGGCUCCGACAGCACCGUGCUCACGGAGGACUCUGUGAAGAUGGCCGCCCACUUCUGUCUGCCGUACCUGGCCUCUCUGGGCAUUCAGUCUCUGGUCCAGCAGGGGGCGACACAGGGGAAGUCUGCCCACAAGCUGAUGGACGCUCUGAAGGACACGGACAUCCUGCACUGGAAGCACAGCCUGUCGGAGCUCAUCGAGAUCAGCCUGGCUCAGACCACCUCCAUCUGGAGGAUGUACGGCAAGAGCACCAUGGCUCUGCAGCAGGCCCAGCUGCUGCUCAACAUGAGCAGCCUGGAGCCGGUCAACUUCAGCGUCCAGCAGAACAACACGGAGGCGUUCGCCGUGGCUCUGUGUCACCUGGCCGAGCUGCACGCCGAGCAGGGUUUGUACAGCGCCGUGUCCGAGAUCCUCCAACACCUGAAGGAGCAGUUUCCUCCUCACACUCAGCACGCCAAGCUGUGGAUGCUGUGCGACCUGAAGAUCCAGUUUGAGCGACACAUGAACGAAGGGAAGUAUCACCUGGCCGAGCCGCUCGUCACGGCGAUCUCCGCCUUGAACAAGUCAGAAGGUCUCUACAGGAAGGCUCAAGUCCUGAAGGCUCUGAACCGGAGCACCGAGGCGUACGACGUCUUACAGCGACUGCAGGCGAGGUGCGAGAAGACCAAGAGCACCGAGGUGGUCAUCAGAGUGAUGCUGUCCACCGCUGAGCUCCACUGGGAGUCUUCGGGCUUCUCCACAGCUCUUCCUCUGCUCCUGCAGGCGUUGGCUCUGGCCCGGCAGCACCACCUGCAGGCGCUGGCCUCCGAGACGAUCCUCCACCUGGCCUUCACUCAGCUGAUGCUGGGCGUUCCUGAGCAGGCUCUGAGCGUUCUGCAUGAAGCCAUCGAGCCGGUUCUGGCCCACGGCGCCGUCAUGGACAAAGGCCGAGCCCUGAUGCUCACAGCCCGCUGUCAGAUGGCCGUGGCCGGGUUCAAGUCCAGCGGUCAAGGCCAAGCAGAUGUGCGUCUGGCGGUCCUGGCUGUGGACACGUUGAAGGAGGCGGCGUCUUACUUCUCGCGGCUGAGCUGUAAAGAGCGUCUGCGGGACGUGCACUACCUCCAGGCUCAGCUGCAUCACUCUCUGGGACAGACGGCGCUCCGCAACAAGAGCGCCAUGCUGUUCCGGCUGCUCGACCAGGAGCUGCAGUCUCCGGCUCCUCCGGUCUCCAUGCGGCUCUAGACGCUUCCCCUUCGCUCGCCACAAGAUGGCGGUGCAGCUCCGUGGAGCUCUGAACACUUUGAAGCAGACGGGACGAGUCUCCUCGCCGUGCUCACGUCAGGAUUUGAAUGAUGACCUGAUGAUAAACGGCGUCGCCGCAGACGCGGUCCAGGUCUGUCAGGCCUCGCUGGCGGUGGAAACGUCGGAGGUUUAUCAGGCGGCUGUCACGGCGCCGCUGAUUUACCGGCUGCUUCCUGAUGAAUGAGGGUAAUAUCACCAUGAGCCACAAGACGGAUGAGCUUGUGCAGGCGGGAUGAUUCAUAAUGAUGAAGAAUACAGCAGAUACUGUAACUACACUGUAAUCUAUUACUUCUCACUGCAAAAUAAACGACUUGUUUCACUCUC